AAGUGUUUUCAAAUACUUCUCGCACUUUCUCCUCCCUCUUAAUGUCUCCUCCUCCAUCACUGCUUCUCUUCAACAUUUCAUAGACUCUCUCUUGUCUCGUCAAAUUGGUGUAUCUUCUGGUAUUAAAUUGUGUCUAAUUUGCUGAAAUGGCUGCUGAACUGGCAUAUACUGUGGCAUCUGAUAGUGAAACUACUGGCGAGGAAAAAUCUUCAUCUCCGUUAUCUGAGAUUUCAAUUGGCAUCGAUAUUGGUACCUCUCAAUGUAGCAUUGCUGUUUGGAAUGGCUCCCAGGUGGAGGUCUUGAAGAACACCAGGAAUCAGAAGUUAAUGAGGUCAUAUGUAACAUUCAAAAGUGAUUUCCCCUCAGGUGGAGUGAGCAAUCAACUGGCUCAUGAAUAUGACAUGUUAACUGGGGCCACAAUAUUCAACAUGAAACGUUUAAUUGGUCGAUUAGACACAGACUCAGUUGUUCAUGCAAGCAAGAACCUCCCAUUUUUAGUACAGACUUUAAAUAUUGGAGUCAGGCCAUUCAUUGCAGCACUGGUGAAUAACAUGUGGAGGUCUACUACCCCUGAAGAAGUCCUUGCAAUAUUUCUGAUUGAAUUAAGAGCCAUGGCCGAAGUCCAGCUGAAGCGUCCUGUUAGAAAUGUUGUUUUGACGAUUCCAGUUUCGUUCAGCCGAUUUCAACUCAGUAGGAUUGAACGUGCUUGUGCUAUGGCUGGCCUUCAUGUUCUAAGACUGAUGCCUGAACCAACUGCAGUUGCUUUGUUGUAUGCGCAGCAACAGCAACAGGCUGUGCAUGAGAAUAUAGGAAGUGGAAGUGAAAAGAAUGCCCUUAUAUUCAAUAUGGGUGCUGGUUAUUGUGAUGUAGCUGUAACUGCCACAGCUGGUGGAGUUUCACAGAUCAAGGCCUUGGCAGGAUUUACCCUAGGAGGUGAAGACAUGCUUCAGAACAUCAUGCAUUAUCUAUUACCUGAAAUGGAUAAUCUCUUCUCGAGCCACGGAAUUGAAGAAAUUAGGAAAAUUGGGCUGCUUCGAGUUGCCACCCAAGAUGCAAUUCACAAGCUUUCCUUUCAGCCAAGUGUUCAAAUCAACGUUGACUUGGGUAAUGGGAUACAAAUAUGUAAAGUUUUAGACAGGAACGAGUUUGAGGCUGUGAACCAGAAAGUGUUUGAAAAAUGCGCGUCUCUCAUAGGACAAUGCCUACGUGAAGCGAAGGUGGAAGUAGAAGAUGUAAAUGAUGUAGUACUCGUUGGUGGUUGCUCUUAUAUUCCCAAGAUAAAGAGUAUACUGACAAGUGUCUGCAAGAGAGGAGACCUAUACUCAGAAAUGAACCCUCUGGAGGCUGCUGUUUGUGGGGCAGCACUGGAAGGAGCAGUGGCUUCUGGGAUUAAUGAUCCUUUUGGGAGUUUGGACCUGUUAACCAUCCAGGCAACUCCUCUAAACAUUGGCAUACGUGCUGAUGGGAACAGCUUUGUACCUAUUGUGCAGCGAAACACUACAAUGCCAGCAAGAAGAGAAUUGAUUUUCACAACCGUUCACGAUAACCAAACUGAGGCAUUGAUUAUCGUGUAUGAGGGUGAUGAAACGGUAGAGGAAACGAACCAUCUCCUAGGAUAUUUUAAGAUCACUGGAAUACCUCCUGCUCCAAAAGGCAUUCCUGAGAUUAAUGUAUGCAUGGACAUUGAUGCUUCAAAUGUUCUAAGAGUUUUUGCUGGAGUUAUAAUGCCUGGGGCACAGCAUCCUGCAGCUCCCUUCAUGGAAGUUAGGAUGCCAACUGUUGAUGAUGGCCAUGGCUGGUGUGCUGAAGCUCUGCAUAGGACCUACGGGUCUACCUUAGAUUUAAUUACGGUGCAGAAGAAAGUGCAAAAGUGAGUGUAGGUGGUGACUUGCCACAUUAUGCAUAGGUAACUUCAUGGUAGCCUAGAAAAUCGUAAGUUGCUCUUUGUGAGGUUUGUAAUUACGCACAUGUUAAAGCCAAUACAGCAUCCUUGACUGAUGAUGAUGAUGGAAUAUAAUCGUAGUUUGUUUACACCUUCCUACAAAUAAGCUGAAUGAGAGUGCCAAUGCUGGUUUUCCGUCA